UCAGCGCGGGUUUCAACGCCGUCUUCCCUCCAAACCAAACCCUCCUCCUCCCUUCUCCGCCGCGACGUACGACGAGAAGAGAGGAGAAUCGCCGCGACUCGACGCGGCGGCGGCGGCGGCGGCGGCGGACAACUCGGCGAGAGGUCGCCGGCUUCGUUCGGCUCGCCCUGCCAAAGCCAUGGCCAAGCCGGGUAGCGGCGGUGGCGCCGAGGCGCACGCGCGUUCGAGGAAGUACGACUACGUCGAGAACUCGAACCUCGUGCUCGGCUCCGGCUCCGGCUCGCGCCCCCGUGGCGGCGCGGACGAGCACACCGGCGAGCCCGAGACGCUCCGGGGCAGGAUCGACCCGAGGAGCUUCGGCGACCGCGCCGUCCAGGCCAAGCCCCCCGUCGAGCCGCCGCGCAGGAGGAAGGCGCGCGACGCCGCGGACCACGACAUCGGCCACCGCCUCGACGCCAAGCGCAGGCGCCGCGCCGCCUCCGCCUGUACCGCGCAGCGCGAGGUCAGCGUGCUCACGCUCAUCGACGACGUCGUGUACAGGCCCCGGACCAAGGAGACGCGAGCCGCCUACGAGGCCCUGCUCAGCGUCAUCCAGCGGCAGCUCGGCGGCCAGCCUCCUGACGUGCUUGGCAGCGCCGCCGACGAGGUGCUUGCCAUCCUCAACAAUGACAAGAUCAAGAGCCCUGAGAAGAAGAGGGGGAUCGACAAGUUCCUCGACCCCAUCUCCGACCAGAUGUUCCACCAGUUCGUCUCCAUCGGUAAGCUCAUCACAGAUUUUCAUGAUACUGCAGUUUGUGAUUCAGCUAGUGAACUGGAUGAAAAUUUCGGCGUUGCUGUUGAGUUUGAACAGAACGAAGACGAUGAGGGAAGUGAUUCUGAUCAGGUACUAGAUGAUUUGGAUGAGGACGACGGCGACACCAUGCUGAAUGCUGCUGGUGCCAUGCAAAUUGGUGAUGAGUUAGACGAUGAUGAUAUGCAUAACUCCAAUGAGGAGCUGGCCAUAAACGCACAAGACAUUGAUGCUUACUGGCUUCAGAGGAAGGUAUCACAGGCAUAUGAAGAUAUUGAUCCGCAGGUUAGCCAGGAGCUUUCUUUGGAGAUCAUGAGUUUUCUUUCUGAGAGUGACGACAAGGAUGUUGAGAAUCGGCUUGUCACGCUAUUGGGCUAUGACAAUUUUGAUUUCAUCAAAUUGCUGGUGCGGAACCGACUCAAGAUAUUCUGGUGUACUUGUUUGGCAAGGGCUGAAGGUCAGGAAAAGCGGAAGAUGAUAGAAGAGAAUAUGCUGAGUGACCCAACAUUAAGUCCAAUAUUGGAGCAGCUGCAUGCAACGAGGGUGUCUGCAAAAGAUAGGCUGAAGAAUAUGGAGAAAAGCAUCAGGGAUGAGGCCAAGAGGCUUACCGAAAAACAAAAUGCUGGCAUUAAUGGUGCGAGGGAUCAAAGGGUAGUUAAGCGGGAUAUGGAGAGUGGAUGGUUGAAAGGCCAGAAGCAGCUGCUUGAUCUUGAGAACCUAACCUUCCACCAAGGUGGUCUCUUGAUGGUUAACAAGAAAUGUGAACUUCCACCAGGAUCAUUUAGAACCCCUCAUAACGGGUAUGAGGAAGUCCAUGUGCCAGCACUGAAAGCUAAGCCAUAUGAAAAUGGAGAGAAGGUUGUCAAGAUAUCUGAUAUGCCAGACUGGGCUCAACCAGCUUUUGCUGGGAUGACACAGCUGAAUAGGAUUCAAAGCAAGGUUUAUGAUACUGCCCUUUUCAAACCAGAUAAUAUUAUUCUCUGUGCACCAACAGGUGCUGGGAAAACCAACGUGGCUGUGCUUACAAUCCUUCAGCAGAUUGGCUUGCACAUGAAAGAUGGAGAGUUUGACAAUACCAAAUACAAAAUUGUGUAUGUAGCCCCAAUGAAAGCUUUGGUUGCUGAAGUUGUUGGAAAUUUGUCAGCACGGCUGAAAGAGUACAAUAUCACUGUAAGGGAACUCAGUGGAGACCAGAACUUAACCAAACAACAGAUUGAUGAAACACAGAUUAUUGUCACUACACCUGAGAAAUGGGAUAUUGUCACAAGAAAAUCAGGUGACAGAAUCUAUACUCAAAUGGUGAAGCUUCUAAUAAUUGAUGAGAUUCAUCUACUUCAUGACAACAGAGGGCCUGUUCUGGAGAGCAUUGUUAGAUCAGUCAGGCAGACUGAAACAACCAAGGAACAUAUCCGUCUAGUUGGUCUCUCAGCAACUCUUCCAAACUAUCAAGAUGUUGCAGUUUUCUUGCGUGUUCACUCUGGUGGUCUCUUCCAUUUUGAUAACAGCUACCGACCUUGCCCUCUUGCUCAACAAUACAUUGGGAUCACUGUGAAGAAGCCCUUCCAGAGGUUUCAGUUGAUGAAUCAGAUUUGCUAUGAGAAGGUUAUGGCUGCUGCUGGAAAGCAUCAAGUGCUUAUAUUUGUGCACUCGAGGAAGGAGACAGCCAAAACUGCUCGUGCCAUCAAAGAUAUUGCAUUAUCUAAUAACAAACUGACCUGCUUUCCAAAGGUUGAGAGCGCGAGCCUAGAGAUUCUUGCCGAUCAUGCAAAUCAUGUGAAAAGCAAUGAUCUUAAAGAUCUUUUGCCGUAUGGGUUUGGUAUUCAUCAUGCUGGGUUGACAAGGGUAGACCGUGAGCUCAUUGAGGGGCUUUUUGCUGAUAAACAUUUACAGGCGCUCGUUUCGACAGCGACCCUUGCAUGGGGUGUCAAUUUGCCUGCGCACACUGUAAUAAUAAAGGGUACCCAGGUUUACAAUCCGGAAAAAGGUGCUUGGACAGAACUGAGCCCUCUGGAUGUCAUGCAGAUGCUUGGUCGCGCGGGCAGACCUCAGUAUGAUACACAUGGAGAGGGAAUAAUACUAACUGAACAAAGUGAAUUGCAGUACUACCUGUCUCUGAUGAAUCAGCAACUGCCUAUUGAGAGUCAGUUCAUAUCCAGAUUGGCUGAUCAUCUGAAUGCUGAGAUCGUUCUGGGGACUAUUCAGAAUGUUCGGGAGGCAUGCACCUGGCUUGGCUACACCUACCUCUACAUCAGGAUGCUCCGGAAUCCAACGUUGUACGGUUUACCAGCAGAUAUUAUGGAAACAGACAAUACUCUAGAUGAAAGGAGAGUUGACUUGGUACACGCUGCUGCAAAUAUACUGGAUUGGAACAAUUUGAUAAAGUAUGACAGGAAAACAGGAUAUUUUCAGGUAACUGACCUGGGAAGGAUUGCUAGUUAUUACUAUGUUAGUCACAGGACUAUCUCAACAUACAAUGAGUGCCUGAAGCCUACAAUGGGUGAUAUUGAGCUGUGUCGACUCUUUUCACUGAGUGAAGAAUUUAAGUAUGUCAGUGUUAGACAGGAUGAGAAAAUGGAGUUGGCAAAGCUUUUCAAUUGUGUGCCUAUUCCUGUGAAAGAGAGCUUGGACGAGCCCAGUGCAAAGAUCAAUGUUCUACUGCAAGCAUAUAUUUCUAGGCUGGAACUGGAGGGUCUUUCCCUUAGUUCAGAUAUGGUCUACAUCAGACAGAAUGCUGGCCGUCUCCUACGAGCGCUGUUUGAGAUAGUUUUGAAGAGAGGAUGGGCCCAACUAGCGGAGAAAGCGUUGAAUCUUUGCAAGAUGAUUGAUAAGCAUAUAUGGAACGUCCAAAUUCCCCUGCACCAGUUUCCAAGUAUUCCAAAGGAAAUCUUAAUGAAACUGGAGAAAAAAGAAUUGGCUUGGGAGAGGUACUUUGACCUAUCAUCACAGGAAAUUGGUGAGCUAAUUCGUAACCCGAAGAUGGGGAUGCAGCUGCACAAGUGCAUCCACCAAUUACCAAAGCUGAACCUUUCAGCCCAUGUUCAACCUAUUACUCCUACGGUUUUGGGUUUUGAACUGACUAUAACAGCUGAUUUCCAAUGGGAUGAUGAAUUGCAUGGAUAUGUGGAGCCCUUCUGGCUUAUUGUUGAGGACAACGGUGGCGAUAACAUUCUUCACCAUGAGUACUUCAUGCUUAAGAAACAAUACGUGGAUGAAGAUCAUACACUUAACUUCACAGUGCCAAUAUAUGAGCCACUGCCCCCUCAGUACUUUAUACGCGUAGUAUCUGAUAAGUGGCUUGGUUCUCAGACAAUUCUUCCUGUCAGUUUUAGGCAUUUAACUCUUCCAGAAAAAUAUGCUCCACCAACUGAAUUGAUUGAUCUGCAGCCACUACCUGUUACUGCCCUGAGAAAUGCACGAUAUGAAAGCCUUUACUGUGCUUUUAAACAUUUCAACCCCAUCCAGACUCAAGUGUUCACUGCCUCGUACAACAGUGAUGACAGCGUGUUGGUUGCGGCGCCAACAGGCAGUGGAAAGACCAUAUGUGCAGAGUUUGCUAUUCUAAGAAACCAUCAGAAGGCUGUAUCUGGUGACAGCAACAUGCGUGUUGUGUAUGUAGCUCCUAUUGAAGCUCUUGCAAAAGAAAGAUAUAAGGAUUGGGAGAGCAAAUUUGGAGAAUUGGCGCGGGUAGUUGAGCUAACAGGCGAAACAGCAGCUGAUUUGAAGCUUCUUGAUAAAGGGGAGAUUAUAAUCAGUACUGCUGAGAAGUGGGAUGCACUCUCACGCCGAUGGAAACAGCGAAAGAAUGUGCAACAGGUCAGUUUAUUUAUUUUUGACGAGCUCCAUCUGAUUGGAUCUGAAAAUGGGCAUAUUCUGGAAAUCAUCAUCUCUAGGAUGAGGCAUAUGGCGAAUCAUAUUGGUAGUAACAUUCGGAUUGUAGCGCUUUCAGCAUCCCUUGCAAAUGGUAAAGAUCUUGGAGAAUGGAUUGGCACCUCCUCUCAUAGCCUUUUCAACUUCCCUCCAGCAGUGCGACCACUGCCGUUAGAAAUUCACAUUCAGGGUUGGGAUGUAGCAAUUUUUGAGGCAAGGAUGCAGGCAAUGUCAAAGCCAACAUACACUGCUAUAACCCAGCAUGCAAAGCAUGGUAAGCCUGCCCUGGUGUUUGUACCAACACAUAAGCAUGCAAGGUUGACCGCAGUGGAUUUGUGUGCACACUCAAGUGCUGAGAGUGGUGGAACACCUUUCCUUCUUGGGUCAGAAGACGAGAUGGAUACUUUCACUAGUGGUGUCAAUGAUGAAGCACUUAAAUACACUCUGAAAUGUGGUGUAGGCUACUUGCAUGAGGGCCUGAGCGACUUCGAUCAGGAACUUGUAACUCAGCUCUUUCUUGGUGGGAGGAUCCAAGUGUGUGUUGCAAGCAGCAAAAUGUGCUGGGGAAGAUCAUUGCCCUCUCAUCUGGUUGUUGUGAUGGGAACCCAGUAUUAUGAUGGCCGGGGGAACAGCCAUACUGAUUAUCCAGUCACUGAUCUGUUGCAAAUGAUGGGCCAUGCCAACAGGCCUCUUCAAGAUGACUCUGGGAAAUGUGUUAUAUUGUGCUAUGCGCCUCGCAAGGAAUACUACAAGAAGUUCCUUUUUGAGGCCUUCCCUGUUGAGAGCCAUCUCCAGCACUUCUUGCAUGAUCAUAUGAAUGCCGAGGUGGUAGCUGGUCUUAUAGAAAACAAGCAAGAUGCCGUGGAUUAUCUUACUUGGACCUUCAUGUACCGACGGCUUGCGAAGAACCCUAACUACUACAAUCUGCAGGAUGUGAGCCACAGGCAUGUAUCAGAACAUCUCUCUGAGCUGGUUGAGACAGUGCUGAACGACCUGGAAUCAACCAAUUGUUUGGCUAUCGAGGAAAAUAUUUACCUGAAGACCCUCAACCUUGGUCUCAUUGCCUCGUAUUACUACGUCACCUACACGACUAUUGAGCGAUUCAGUUCUAUGCUAACUCAGAAGACCAAGUUGAAAGGCCUCCUGGAGAUUCUAGCUUCUGCCUCAGAAUAUGCAGAUCUCCCCAGUCGCCCUGGUGAGCAAAAAUCCAUUGAGAGGCUUGUUCAUCACCAGAGAUUUUCUGUCGAGAAGAAAGUCAGGUAUGACGAUCCACAUGUCAAGGCCAACGCACUGCUGCAAUGCCAUUUCUCAAGGCGCACGGUGGAAGGUGACCUUGCAGCUGACCAGCGGGAGAUUCUCCUUCCUGCUCAUAGAUUGCUCCAGGCACUGAUCGAUGUCAUCUCCAGCAACGGAUGGCUCACCCUCGCUCUCAACGCAAUGGAGCUGAGCCAGAUGGUGACACAGGGCAUGUGGGAUCGCGAUUCCGUGCUGCUUCAGCUUCCACACUUCACCGAGGAGUUAGCCCGGAGAUGCCAGGAGAACGAAGGCAAGGCCAUCGAGACCAUCUUCGAUCUGGCUGAGAUGAGCACGCAUGAGAUGCAGGAUCUGCUGCAGCUACCAAGCUCCCAGCUGCAGGACAUCGUCGGAUUCCUCAGGCGGUUCCCAAACAUCGACAUGGCUUUCCAAGUUCUUGAAGGCGAUGGUGGCAGUGUGACCGUGCAGGUGACGCUAGAGCGCGAGAUGGCAGACCUGCUGCAAUCUGAGGCUGGUCCAGUCCAUGCCCCCAGGUUCCCAAAGCCCAAGGAAGAAGGAUGGUGGCUGGUGAUUGGUGAUCGCUCCACCGACCAGUUGCUGGCAAUCAAGAGGGUCAAGCUCCAGAAGAGGGCUCGAGUGAAGCUCGAGUUCGCUGCCCCUGCAGAAGCAGGGAGAAAAGAUUACAUGGUUUACUUGAUGUCUGAUUCCUAUCUGGGCUGCGACCAGGAGUACGAGUUCGCCGUCGAUGUCAAGGAUGCUGGAGGGGAUUGAUCUUCGAGAAUCGAGAUGGAGAUAGCUUUGUCCCCAGGUAUUCUAUGGAACUUGUUCAUUUCUUGAGAUGGAAACUGGAUUCUUGGUACGUUGCAAUUGUUAGAUAGCGUUCGACUCAAAUAUCUCCACGGCUUUCCCUUUUCUGUAUGUAUAUACACUUUGUGUAUCUUUACCUGCUUUUCGCCGGGCCUAUCUUUACCUGCUUUUCAGUGUAAAUGAACGAUGCAAGCGAAAUAUUACAAGCAACAAGUUCUUUGCGUGGCUUCUUGUUGCUGCUCCUA